AUGACAAACAGGUAAGAUUAUGUAACUAUAUUUAGAGAGUGUGAUCUUAAAACCUGUCUGAUGGGACAAUAUUGGCAUAGAAUAUAGCAAUUAAAAAGUAAUUGAAUAUCGUAUAUUUACAAAAGAAGGUUUUGCCACGUUAUGCGUCUAAAAGGAUAAAUUUAGUUCAUAAGAAUAAUCAAAUAAUUAUAGAGGAAGUCGUAAACUUAUUAGUUCUGGAAUUCAUCCAUUUAGAAUCUUAUAAUCUUGGAAUGGAUAGAAAAUAUAUAUAUAGAAAAGUUUGAUCAAAUUGAAUUAGAACAAAAUGUGUUGA